AAUACAUAUCUUUAUUUAUAUUACAGUUUUACACAUAAUCACUUUUACUACUAUCCUAAUCAUUUGAUCAGUCACAAAGAGAGAGAGAGAGAGAGAGAAAUGUGUUCACUAGAGAAACGUGACCGUCUUUUUAUACUAAAACUCACCGGCGACGGCGAACACCGUCUAAACCCAACCUUACUCGACUCUCUCCGCUCCACCAUCAACAAAAUCCGAUCAGAUCCAUCAUCUUCACGAUCAGUCCUAAUCACAACAUCUGAUGGUAAAUUCUUCUCCAACGGCUACGAUCUUGCUUUAGCCGAGUCAAAUCCUUCUCUCUCUGUUGUAAUGGACGCCAAACUCAGAUCCUUAAUCGCUGAUCUAAUCUCUCUUCCUAUGCCAACAAUCGCCGCCGUCACUGGUCACGCCUCCGCCGCGGGAUGUAUUUUAGCGAUGAGUCAUGAUUAUGUGUUGAUGCGUCGUGAUAGAGGUUUUUUGUAUAUGAGUGAAUUGGAUAUUGAGUUAAAAGUUCCGGCGUGGUUUAUGGCUUUGAUUAGGGUUAAGAUUGGUUCUCCGGCGGCGAGGAGGGAUGUUAUGUUGACGGCGGCGAAAGUGACGGCGGAGAUGGGUGUAGAGAUGGGGAUUGUUGAUUCGGCUUAUGAUAGUGCAGCGGAGACGGUUGAAGCCGCCGUUAGGUUAGGUGAGGAGAUUGUUAUGAGAGGUGGUGAUGGACACGUGUAUGGUAAGAUGAGACAGACUCUUUUAAGAGAGGUUCUUGUCCAUACGAUUGGUUUAGAUGAGAGUGCUUCGAGUGCUUCGAGUGGGGUGCGUAACACUGGAUCUAAACUUUAGAACAUGUUUGUACUUUGGAUGCCAUAAAUACACUUUUGUACGAGAUUGACUUUUACAACUUUGUUGUAACAAAAAUAGCUUAAAAUC